AUGCCGACCAAACUAAUGCAACCAUCAAUCCCUCCUGAAGAGGAAAUCCCCCACCAACCACCGACCAUCCCUGAAGAGGAUAAUAUAUCCACAGAUACUGUUUCCAGUGAAGAAAACUCCCAUCAAGACAUCGACUCAGAUGCUUCAAGUGCCACAAAUUUGGACACCAUAGCAGCAGCUGCACAGCCACAGAAAACCUUCAAUCACAUUCCAAAACCUAAUGAAGAAGUUGGAAUAACUAGGCCAAAGCUGCAAAGAGAAGUCAAAGCAGUACUACAGAGGAUAGCCAGUGACAAGCCAACGCUAAGAGAAACAGUACCAAGCACUUCAGAACCUUUCUCUCCUCUUCCUUCCAAUCCUAACCCCUCGUCCACCUCUAAGGUUGACAGCCCUCCUUCCCAAACCCACCCUUCCCCUUCCCUUUCAGACAGCCCAAACAGUGCCAGCCAUGUUCCCAAAUUUACUCAAGCAGCUCUCAUUAGAUUUGAUUUGUUUUGUGGUGGUCAGUUGCUGGAUGAUGACCUCCAAGCACGGGAACUCAAACCCAAGACCAUGGAGGGGCACGGUGCAAUGGCUAUGGCACAGUCCAAGGUUGAAGAACAAAACGAACGGUCUCGCACGUCUCCGGCUCAGUUGCAGUGGAAUAUAAUGCAACAUUCUGGUACAACUACCAAAUGA